AUGAGCCAGGACAGCAAAGUGAAGACGACGGAGUCCAGCCCCUCUGCCCCAACCAAGACCAGGAAGUCACUGCCUGUCCUAGACCCAUCUGGGGAUUACUACUACUGGUGGCUAAACACGAUGGUCUUCCCAAGGGUGCUCUUGAGCCAAUCUCUUCUGUCCCCGCCACACAGAGCCUGCUUUCCUGACUUGCAGCACAGUUAUCUGGUGGCCUGGUUAGUGCUGGACUACACAAGUGACCUGCUAUACCUACUGGAUAUCGUGGUACACUUCCACACAGGAUUCUUGGACCAGGGCAUCCUGGUGGAGGACAAGGGCAGGAUUUCAAGUCACUAUGUUUGCACCUGGAGCUUCUUCUUGGACCUGGUUUCCCUCAUGCCCACAGAUGUGGCCUAUGUGUGGCUGGGCCCACACACCCCCAUGCUGAGGCUGAACCGCUUUCUGCGUGUGCCCCGCCUCUUUGAGGCCUUUGACCGCACAGAGACCCGCACAGCUUACCCAAACGUCUUUCGCAUCACCAAGCUGAUGCUCUACAUUUUUGUUGUUAUCCAUUGGAACAGCUGCCUAUACUUUGCCCUGUCCCGGUACCUGGGCUUCGGGCGUGACGCCUGGGUGUACCCUGACCCCGCGCAGCCUGGCUUUGAGCGUCUGCGGCGCCAGUACCUCUACAGCUUUUACUUCUCCACACUGAUCCUGACCACCGUGGGCGAUAUACCGCUGCCCGCGCGGGAGGAAGAGUACCUCUUCAUGGUGGGCGACUUCCUGCUGGCUGUCAUGGGUUUUGCCACCAUCAUGGGGAGCAUGAGCUCUGUCAUCUACAACAUGAACACUGCAGAUGCAGCUUUCUACCCGGACCACGCACUGGUGAAGAAGUACAUGAAGCAGCAGAAUGUCAACCGCCAGCUGGAGCGGCGAGUUAUUGACUGGUACCAGCACCUGCAGAUCAACAAGGAGAUGGCCAACGAGGUAGCCAUCUUACAGCACUUGCCUGAGCGGUUGCGGGCAGAAGUGGCUGUGUCCGUACACCUGUCUACUCUGAGCCGGGUGCAGAUCUUCCAGAACUGUGAGGCCAGCCUGCUGGAGGAGCUGGUGCUGAAGCUGCAGCCCCAGACCUAUUCACCAGGCGAAUACGUCUGCCGCAAGGGGGACGUUGGCCGGGAGAUGUACAUCAUCCGUGAGGGUCAGUUGGCCGUGGUGGCAGAUGAUGGCGUCACACAGUAUGCUGUGCUCGGUGCGGGGCUCUACUUUGGGGAGAUCAGCAUCAUCAACAUCAAAGGGAACAUGUCUGGGAACCGCCGCACAGCCAACAUCAAGAGUCUGGGGUAUUCAGACCUGUUUUGCCUGAGCAAGGAGGACCUGCGGGAAGUCCUGAGUGAGUAUCCCCAGGCCCAGGUCGUCAUGGAGGAAAAGGGCCGUGAGAUCCUGCUCAAAAUGAACAAGCUGGACGCAAAUGCCGAGGCAGCUGAGAUUGCCCUGCAGGAAGCCACAGAGUCCCGGCUACGAGGCCUUGACCAGCAACUCGAUGAUCUACAGACCAAGUUCGCUCGCCUCCUGGCGGAGCUGGAGUCCGGCGCACUCAAGAUCGCUUACCGCAUCGAACGGCUCGAGUGGCAGACUCGAGAGUGGCCAAUGCCUGAGGACCUGGCUGAAGCCGAUGAUGAGGGCGAGUCUGGGGAGGGAACUUCUCAGGGUGGAGAGGGCAGGACUGGCCAGGAGGGACCCCCAGACCCAGAGUGACCCCUUCCUAGCCCUAGGAUUCCUCCAAGGGAAUCCAGAGUUGUAGGAAAACCUGCCUGCAGAAACUCUGCCAUCUUGUCUGCUAGGUACAGAGAUGGGAGUGAAUUGGGGUGUAGAUGCUCACCUAGAGGUAUAGGAGUAUAGCACCCAUUUAUCCCCCACUCCUCAGCGAGCACGCGCACGCGCGUGCUCACACACACACACACACACACACACACACACACGGUUGCAUAUAAACAUACUGCACCUAAGGCUGCAUUCCAUAUAAAAUACUCCACAGUUUCCAUUUUCAGAACACAUAUGCUUGCUCACAAACAUAGGUAUGUCUUAAACCCACGUAAUAUAUACACAUGCAUUCAUGCACCUCAUAAAGACCCAUAUACUGAGACUCACACACCAUAGACGCACAGAUGCUCUCCACAGGUGUGCACACACUUGUGAACACACAGAAACACACCCAGAGCCCUCUUCUUCCAAGAUAGCCUUUAAAUGCCUCCCAUAUGGGAAGUUCACAAAUGUAACCUGCAAGUUGCCCCUCAAUAAAGUAUUUGCUUCCUCAAAAAGCAUUUUUGGGAGUGACAGGAAAAGGCGAAGCCAGUGGUGGGCCAGGAUGAAUUCUGUCUGAAUUCUGAGUCACAGGGGCGAGGGGCAUGGGCUGUUUAGUAGCUGGUAGGUUUGACUCAAAGGGGCUGGGGUACAUGAUGAAUUGAGAAUCAGUGCUGAGCCAAGGCAAAGCUAGGUUAUGCAUCACACUGUUGUUAAGAGUGCACAUGCUUUCAUAGAUAUAUUCACAUAUACACACUGAUGAUUAUAUUUCAUUCCAGAGUGUGUAUCCUUAACUUUGUGAACUCUGGGUGAUUUGACCUAGCUUAGUGGACCAGAGCAGACACCUUUCCUCCUUCUUCCUUCCUCUGGCCCAGCCCUGGAGCCAGAGGCUAGGGCUACCCCAUGUUCGGGACUGAUUUCAAGGGGAGAAGAGCUCAUAGGGCCACUCACCUGGCCCUGCCCCAUCCUGUCAGUUGUUCAAGCUAGCUUUGGUGCUGCCAGCAAUCCAGCCCUCCCUCUAUAUGGUAUUUCAAAAUACAGAGGGGCAGAUAGAGACUAGGUGGAGUGGAACAUCCUGGUUGGGACCAACUGGAGAUUAGCGUUUGGGGAGUCUUUAAGUAAUUUUGGCAUACUUGGAGGGAGGCCUGCAGGCUUGGAGCAGAGAAAGUAUUGUGGGGUCUCUGGGGAGGAAUCUGGUAUCAUCUCCGAAUCACAUUCACCCUGGUCACAACUUUAGCUCCUCCAGGGCCUGGCCAGUCUUUGGUCUAAGCUGUGCCAGGUGGCAUUUUAAAAUGUACCUUGGAUUUAAUUUAUCAAUAUGACUGAGUGAUGACACAUAGAGGUCAAUGUCAUUGAAAGAAGAAUUUAU